AUGUAUGGAUUUUGUAGUCGAUGUAACAGAGUGGUGCAUGGCGACUCUGCCUGUUAUAAAAUAUGUAAUAAACAGUUAAAUACCCUCCGCAAUGCUGCAGGUGUCAAGCGGAGUUCUGAGAAAUUUAAGAAAAAAUCGUCAAAUUCCAUCUCUGACGAGGAAGUCGAGUCCUAUUCAGAGCACACCAUUGACGAAAAGACAAGAGCACUGGUUGAGGAUAUAAGCAGUGAACUCGAAAAAACGUACGGCCACGAGUUAAGCAACGUUGAAAUUUUAUUACAAUUACAGAGAAAUAUCAACGAACAAAAAGCCAAAAUCAUUGAUAUCGAAAGUAAAAAUCAAGAUUUAAUAAACAGAAACAAAAAUCUAGAAUUAAGAAUAGCUGUUUUAGAACGGAGUGAAAAUGCAGUUAAGCAAAAAGCGUUAUGUUUAGAGAUCGCCGGCUUGCCGGACGCUACCGAUGAUGAAAUUUGCGAAGCUCUCAUCACAAUAGCCUCUAAACUCGACCUAGACCAAGCUGAGAUUAUCUCGUCUCGAAAAGUAAAGUUUGGGAACAAUAAGCCGGUGCAAUAUUUAAUUGAAAUGCAGUCGGAAAACGCGAAAAACAAGUGGAUAAUAGCUAGCAAAAAGACGCGCCUUACUUUAGAUGCGGUAUUCCCUGAGUUAUCUAAAGAAGUUGCUGGCAAACCAGUCUACAUCAGAGAACCUUUAACUAAACCACUUAAAAAAUUGCUGUACAAUGCAAAGUUACAUCUAGGAGACAAUUUUAGGUUUAUAUGGCAUAAGGACGGACGUGUAUUAGCUAGAAAAACUGAAAAUAGCAAGGUGUAUAACAUUAAAUCUUUGGUUGAUAUUACCCGUAUUGUCAAAAAGUAUAAACAUUAAUUCUGUGUAUAUGUGUUCUGUGUAUAUCUACAUAAGUGUAUAUUUACACUUUUAUAAGUGACAUAGCAUCUUGCUAAUUUAAUUUUGGGAUUAUACUGCGACGAACUAUAUACUAUUUCGGCCAAUCGCAGCGCGCUAUAUCCGUCCGCUAUUGGUUGCUACUAUCAUCGUAUUAGUAUUCGUCUAGUGGCACUUUUCUAUCAUGUUGAUUUGAUUUAAAAUCUAAAAUACGAGCUAUAGCUUGUUUUUUUUUUGAUAUUCUCUCGCGAUUUGAUUGGAUUUUCGACUUCGUCAACAUUGCCGCGGUAAUUUUUAACUGUGUCUAUGUACUCCUACUUUUUCCUAAAUUAGCGUUUCUCUUUUAUUAGGAAUAGAUUUGAAAGAAUUUUAGGUUAUUGGUGUUACACAAUAUAUGUUGCUAAUAUCUAGAGUAGAUCAAUUUAAGGCCAAUUGGAAAAGGAAGUAUCUAGACAAUUUUUUGAAAAUGUUAUAAGUAUUAUAACUUUAUGAAAUUUUUGUUUUUUUAGAUGACGUUAAUAUCAGCCCUGUGACCAACCUUCAGUGGUUUAGAACAGUGUAUUUUUGUAAAAUGUUUUUUUUUAUACGUCUAUGUUUUUAUACCGUGGUAAUAAAUUAUGUUAUCAAAUAGAUUUUAAAUUAUUAGUACUAGCUUCAUAAAAAAAAAACUAUUAAACAUUGAAUCUGUUUACGGGAAAGGAAGUAGCAUGUAAAACAACACUAAUUUAGGGAAUGAUUUUGCUAUUUUUAACACUACUCAUACUACGAGUACACACUUAGUCGUGUUAAAAAGACAUCGUCGUGUUUACGUAUCGCUCAUACAAUGAAGAGAAACGCGUGCUAGAAAUGCACAAGAAUAAUUCUAUCUUAAUUAACGCUAUUGCUGGAUGUUGUCUUUAUUUUUCUUUGUCUUUGGUCAAAGUAUUGACCAAUGACAACAGCCUGUCUUAAAUCUAUGUGCUAUCAUUUGGUGUAUCUUAUCUUUGAAAACUUAAAUUCAAUACAAGUUCUUUCACAUUUUUUUCUUUUCGAUUGAGAUGAAUACAAAUAACAUGUAAUUCAGGGCUAUAUAGGACUCAUUCAGAUCUGCUAACCACGCCACUAAUUAUUUAUCAUGCAACAACUAUAGUUUCCAGCUCAAUUUCAAACCAUGAAGAUGUAAAAUUCGGUCGAUUUUACUCAGCAACGUGAUUGUGAUUGG